AUGCCAGCACAAGACCCAGUAGCAGCGGACGAAGAGAUUCGUGAGGAAGAAGACUAUAUGUCCAUGAUCGUUGCAGAACCUACCAUCCCAAAAGUGAAAGAGACCUAUACGCAACGUCUCCGCAGGAAAGCUUUGGAAUCUGAAGCCCGAGGACGAACGAAAUCUAAAGCAGAAAGAGCACUGGAAGAGGCUGCCGCCCGCGAAGAUGCUCUAGCGAAAUCCCUGCUUGAGGACGAAAAUGCAAGCAAAAGUAAAGGAUUAAAAAUGAUGGCAAAGAUGGGCUUCAAGGGUGGUGCGUUAGGGAAAAAGGGAGAGGACGGUCAGGGGCUGAUGGAUGGCCGACUAGAACCUGUUGGAGUGGUUAUAAAAGAAGAUCGAGGGGGCAUUGGACUGGACAAUGAGAAGAAGAGAAAGAUUAGGGAAGAGUUCGAAAGCGAGAGCAAGAGGGUGAAAGCCGAGGAAGGGGACUAUAGGGAUCGAGUAAGGAGAGAGAGAGAACUGGCGAAAUUAGAAGGCCAAGUCGCGGCGGCCCAGAGAGUUGCUGAGAGAUUGGACGGGGAGCGCGAGGAGGAAGCCGCGGGAAUCACCGGGGACGGGGUGCCGAAUGGUAGUAUAUCCUCGAAGAAGAUCAAUACCCAACCCCUGAAAUCGAUCAACGUAUUGUGGAGAGGCUUAAUCAGGGGAAGGGAGGAAAAGGAACGAGAUAGGAGGAUGAGGUAUGAUUUGCAUCAAAGCCUUUCAAGGCUACCAACCUAUGAUGACCCAGACGAGGACAAGGAUUAUCGUCAAGCUCUUGGAAAGGAACAUACUCAGCAUGUACUAGUGGAAGACCUUGAGGAGGAGGACCCAGAGCUCGACGCGUUUAAUGAGCUAGAGCCCGCUGAGCGGUUAGAGCAACUGAUAUCUCAUCUUCGCCGGGACUUCAACUACUGCUUCUGGUGUAAAUUUUCCUACCCAGAUAGUGAGUUGGAAGGGUGCCCUGGUUUGACUGAGGAAGAUCAUGAUUAG